AUCGAGAGAAGAAAAAUAAAUAAAAAAAUGUCUCAUCUCUUCUUCUCUCUCUUGCAAUCGAUCUUAACCAACGCCAAUCCAAUAAAAAAAUUGUUGUAUAUGCAAAAGGAAUUGCAUCGUCAGUUGCCUUUUCUAUCCAAACUAUAAAUAAAAUAUGUCCAAUUACCAAGCGGAGGAGGAUGCUGCGUACAUGGACCAUGUUGAUGAUGAUGAUGAUGAUAUGGAAGAUGUAGACGACGAUUUGGGUGACGACUUUCAUGGUGAUGACAUGGCUGCAUCUGACUCCGAUGUCGACGAGUUUGACUACUCUAGUAAUAAAAUAGCAGAUACUUCAGCGGAGCAAGCCCGUAAAGGCAAAGACAUCCAAGGCAUUCCUUGGGACAGGCUUAGCAUUACCCGAGAGAAAUACAGACAAACUAGACUAGACCAGUAUAAAAACUACGAAAAUGUCCCUAACUCUGGUGAUUCCUCCGGGAAAGAUUGUAUGGCUACACAGAAAGGGGCCAUCUUUUAUGAUUUCUGGCGGAAUUCAAGAUCCAUCAAAUCAAGUAUCCUUCAUUUCCAGUUGAGGAAUUUGGUAUGGGCAACUUCUAAGCAUGAUGUGUACCUUAUGUCACAAUUUUUGGUGAGCCACUACUCUACUUUGACUUCUGGAAAGCAUGAAGUUCUCAAUGUUCAAGGCCAUGUUUCCCCAUCCGAGGUUAGUUUCCUUCCUUCUUCCAGAAUCAUCAGAGAUUCUUCUUUUAAAACCCACAUCAGUUAUUGGUUUUUUCUUGUGUGGGUGAAGAAACAUCCUGGAAGUUUGCUGGAGGGAUUUACGAAGACUCAAGUGAGUACACUUGCAGUCAAAGAUAAGUUCUUAGUUGCUGGUGGAUUUCAAGGAGAACUUAUAUGCAAGCAUCUUGAUAGACCUGGUGUGAGCUUCUGUUCCCGUACAACCUAUGAUGACAAUGCUAUCACUAAUGCAAUUGAGAUCUAUAACAAACCCAGUGGUGCGCUUCAUUUCACGGCCUCAAAUAAUGAUUGUGGAGUCAGAGAUUUUGAUAUGGAGAGAUAUCAGCUUGUUAACUAUUUUCGCUUUCCUUGGCCAGUCAAUCACACAUCUCUGAGUCCUGAUGGUAAGUUAUUGACGAUUGUGGGAGACAACCCAGAGGGUCUUCUCGUAGACCCCAACACUGGAAAGACACUGGGAACGCUAGCAGGACAUUUGGACUUUUCCUUUGCAUCAGCAUGGCACCCGGAUGGGCUCACGUUCUCCACAGGUAACCAAGACAAGACCUGCCGGGUUUGGGACAUUCGUAACCUGUCUAAAUCUGUUGCUGUCUUGAGGGGUAACCUUGGAGCAAUCCGAUCCAUCCGCUACACGUCAGAUGGGAAGUACAUGGCCAUGGCUGAGCCGGCUGACUUUGUUCAUGUAUACGACGUCUCGAAAGGGUAUGAAACAGAGCAGGAGAUCGAUUUCUUUGGGGAGAUCUCGGGAAUAUCCUUCAGCCCUGACACAGAAGCGCUCUUCAUCGGUGUUUGGGACCGCACUUACGGUAGUCUCCUUGAGUAUGGCCGCCACCACAACUACUCCUACCUCGAUUCAUAUCUGUAACCGUUCAAGAGCCAUCAGAAGAAUAAAAUAGCUUACCACAUGCCUGGUACACUCUCGCGUCCAAAUAAAAACAUUAUAAUCAAAUCUCCAAUGGUGUAAAUGAUGUGUUGUGCAAGUACUAGGGGUUUUCACAGAGAGUCUAUUUAGUUAGCUUUUGAGUGUUGACUGUUGAGGUUCCUGUAUAUGUACAUAAGUGUUUUGAGUUUCAGCUUGAGUUUGCAUGAACUCUUUACUCUGGCCAGACCAGGAUGAGACAACACGAUCCGAGCCUGUAGCUCUCAGUAUUUGGCUAUAAUCCAUUGUUAGUGACUCGUUUUCAUCCUUUUCUGCUGA